CUCACAUGACCGCCGUGCGCCGUGUUCUCGCGUGUUUGGGUUACUCCCGAGUUUCAGGAACUAUGUAGCGGCGCUGUAUUGAUCUGCCUGCGCUUCCUCUUUAUAUUUACAGCGCGCAGUACGUGUCUCAAUCGAACAGUGUAGCGCGCUCCCGGCCUUGGCGGUUUCACCGAUCGCUCGCUGCCUGGUCUCCGAUCUGUGACCGCGCACAGGCAUCCACGCCACCAUGGCUUCCAUCCUGGACGAGUACGAGGACUCCCAGAACACGGCGCGCCCCGCGCAGCACCGCUCGCGUUUCUCGGCCUCCAACAUCGGCAUCGCGCACUCCGGCUUCGUGAACGCGCGCCUGGAGGAGGAGAAGCCCAUUUUCAACAAGCAGCGGAUCGACUUCUCUCCGCCAGAGAAGAUCAACCACUUUGCGGUGUGCAACAAUCAACUGUGUAUGAGCCUGGGCCGAGAUACGCUGCUGAGGAUCGAUCUAGGAAAACCCGAUCAGCCUAAUCAAAUAGAACUGGGCAGGAAAGACCAAAGCAGUGUCUACAAGCUGUUCCUGGACCCCACAGGGUCCCACGUGGUGAUUAGCUUGUCCACCAGUGAGUGCCUAUACCUGAACAGAAACACCCAGAAGGUGCGGAGCCUGUCUCGCUGGAAGGGCCACCUGAUAGAAAGUGUGGGCUGGAACAAACUGCUGGGCACGGAGACCAACACGGGCCCCAUUCUUGUGGGCACCACCCAAGGCCUCAUCUUUGAGGCAGAAAUCUCGGCCUCGGAGGGCAGCCUGUUCAACACGAACCCCGACCAGUACUUCCGGCAAGUCCACCUGCUGGAGGAAGAUGGAGACACGGCACCGGUCUGCUGCCUGGAGAUGGAGCGUGGCCUUGAAUCCAAGUGCUUCAUCAUUGCCACCACGCGGAAGCGCCUGUUCCAGUUCGUGGGGAAGGUGGCAGAGGGAUCCGAGCAGCAGGGCUUCAGCUCGAUCUUCAGCCAGAACCAGGACCUCCUGCCCAGCUUCCAGGAAUUCCCCGUGAACAUGGGCUACAGCGAAAUCGCCUUCUACACCUCCAAGUUGCGCUCGUGCCCCAAGGCCUUUGCAUGGAUGAUGGGCAACGGCGUCCUCUACGGUCAGCUGGACUACGUGCGUCCCGACUCGCUGCUCAGCGACGUCCAAGUGUGGGAGUACACGGAAAGCAUUGACACCUGCAAGCCCCUCUCCAUUGUCUUGACACAGUUCCACUUCCUGCUGCUGCUCCCGGACCGCGUGAAGGCUGUGUGCACCUUGAAUGGCCAGGUGGUGCAUGAGGACGUCUUCCCGGAGAAAUUUGGCCCUUUGAGGAAAAUGGUGAAGGACCCCAUCGGCGGGCUGGUGUGGAUUUACACUGAGAAAGCGGUCUUCCGCUACAACAUCCAGAGGGAGGCGCGCGAUGUUUGGCAGAUGUACAUGAGCAUGGAGAAGUUUGACCUCGCCAAGGAGUACUGCCGCGACCGGCCCGAGUGCUUGGACAUAGUCCUGGCGAAGGAGGCGGAGCAUUGCUUCCAGAACAAGCGAUACGUGGAGAGCGCCAAGUGCUAUGCCCUCACCCAGAACUACUUUGAGGAGAUCGCCCUGAAGUUUAUCGAGGCACGGCAAGAGGAAGCCUUGAAGGAGUUCCUGCUGAAGAAACUGAGCAAUCUCAAAUUGAGCGAGAAGACCCAGAUCACCCUGCUGGUCACGUGGCUCACGGAGCUCUACCUCAACCGACUGGGGCUCUUUGAGGCGGAUGACUCCAAGAAUGCUCUCUUUGUGGAGACCCGUGAGGAGUUUCACAGUUUCCUCAGCAAUCCAAAGUACAAGGAAUGCUUCUACAACAACCGCAGCACCAUCUACGACCUCCUGGCGAGUCACGGGAACGUGGACGACAUGGUUCACUUCGCUGUUGUCAUGCAGGACUACGAGAGGGUUGUCUCCCACCACUGCCAACACGAAGACUACGGCGCUGCCCUGGAGGUACUCUCCAAACACUGCGACGUGAAGCUCUUCUACAAGUUCUCCCCCGUCCUCAUGCAGCACAUACCCAUGAGAGUGGUGGAGGCGUGGAUGAACGUAGGCAAGAAGCUCGAUGCUAAGAAGCUCAUCCCAGCGCUGGUGAACUACAGCCAGAUUGGCAGCACCCAGCAGAUCAACGAGACGAUUCGCUACAUGGAGUUCUGUGUUUACCAGCUUGGUGAGACGGACGAGGCCAUCCACAACUACCUACUGUCCCUCUAUGCAAAGUACCGGCCCGAGUCGCUGCUGUGGUACCUGGAGCAGGAAGGGAAGCACUCCUCGGACGUCCAUUACGACCUCAAGUACGCUCUGCGGCUGUUUGCUGAACAUGGGCACCACCGAGCAUGUGUCCACGUCUACAAGAUAAUGGAGCUCUACGAGGAGGCUGUGGAUCUGGCACUACAGGUUGACGUGGACUUGGCCAAAUCGUGCGCAGACCUGCCGGAAGAUGACGAGGAGCUGAGGAAGAAGCUGUGGCUGAAGAUCGCCCGCCACGUUGUGCAGGAGGAGAAGGAUGUGAAGAAGGCCAUGCACUGCCUGUCGAGCUGCAACCUGCUGAAGAUUGAGGAUGUUCUUCCUUUCUUCCCGGACUUUGUCACCAUCGACCACUUCAAGGAAGCCAUCUGCAGCUCCUUGGAGGAGUACAACAAGCACAUCGAAGAGCUGAAGCAAGAGAUGGAGGAGGCCACGGAGAGCGCCAAGCGCAUCCGGGAGGACAUCCAGCAGAUGAGGAACAAGUACGGAGUGGUGGAGUCUCACGAGAAGUGCGCCACCUGUGACUUUCCCCUGCUCAAUCGGCCCUUCUACCUGUUCCUGUGUGGCCACAUGUUCCAUUACGACUGCCUCUUCCAGGAGGUCACCCCUCACCUGUCCUCCUACAGGCAGGCCAAGCUGGAGGAGCUGCAGAAGAAGCUGGCGGCUGCCAGCCAGCCUGCGAAGAAUCGGCAGCGGGUAAAGGAGGAGGAGGCUGCAGCCGGUUCCCUCAGCAAGGGCCAGCUCAGCCGCGAGCAGAUCAAGUCGGACAUUGAUGACAUAGUGGCCAGCGAGUGCGUGUAUUGCGGGGAAUUGAUGAUCAGGUCCAUUGAUAAGCCUUUCAUUGACCCACAGAAGUUUGAGGAGGAGAAGCUCAGCUGGCUGUAACCUGUAGAGACGGGAACUCACGGUGACCGGUGUGUGCCUCCUUAAAGAACCCGAGGGGCUGGUAAUGUGAGGAUCGAGUACUGGACGUGGAGCCUUUGUCCUGAGCAGGGGCUGCUAGGAGCCCAUUGUCACUAUUCGCACCGCGGUAUUGCUCGUUUCUUCAAACCCCAUACUAUCCAUAGUUAUGUAUGCCUUACUUCUGGAAUAGAUGGCAAAUUUCUGGUAAAAUGGCAAAUAGUAUGCAAACAUGUAUCUGUUGCUGUCUUGUUCUCACCCAGAUGCCACAAAGCGGCGUGUGUCCAAUCACACCCUUUGAGUGAUCAUAUGUGAUACAAUAGUUUGCAUGGUUCAUGGCCAAUAUGUUUUGCAUUAUUUAUUAAAAAAUAAUCUGUACAAUGACCUAAUAUGGCAUUUUUUGAUGUUUAAUGUUUUCAUAUCUUUUCAGUUCAGCGGUUAGUUUCAGCGAGUGGGGCUCUUAAUGUUCAACAUCUCACUGCUCCAUGGUGUCUUCAGUUCAGUGAUUACAGGGACAAAUAUAUUUGUUUUCUAGGUUUAAAAAAAAUGACUGACUAAAAUAAAAACUUAGAGCACUGGAGAGAUUGCUGUAACUAAUCAUUUUGACAGGAUUUGACCGUGUCUUGUGUGGCUUGCAAAUAAAAGUUCCAAUGUG